AAUCCCGUUGCUAAGUCCAGUCUAGAGAGCGCAUCGUCGUCAGCAUCAGCAUCACCUUAACCAAAUCUCUCACCCCCGCAAUGCCGCCGGCCCCGCCGCUCACGUGACCUCCCCCGCCGUCCUCCGCGGGCGCACGUGCCUCCUCCUCUCCUCUCUCGCGCGCGAGUCUCCUCCCUCGAUCAGUGGCGCCAGCUGCUUUCUAGGUUUUUUGAAUUCUUCUAUGGCUGACUCGGUGGAUGUAGUGUUAGAAUUCUUGAGAAAAAACCGGUUUACAAAGGCGGAGGCUGCUCUGAAAGGGGAACUUGGUAGCUGGCCCAAUUUCGAUGAGUCCUUUGACAAAUAUCUUUCCAAGGAGAGAAAAGAAGUGAGAGAAGAAACUAGACCAGCUACUAAUUCAAAUCAACAAGAUAUAGGCACCCGAAGGAGCAAUGAUAUCUCCCAGGAGUUCAUUGUCAAGGAUAUUGAAGGAGGAAGAAGUAGAAAUCGGUCAGAGAACAAGAAAGAGUUUGGUCUUAAUCAGGGUUCUUUAAGCAACUUGGCAGAUCUUUAUCCUUGGAACCCUAGUCCCAUUAACAGUGCUUCCAAUUAUGUUUCCAAGGACAGUGAUAACGUUGCUAACAACUUCUCUGAGCUUAUGAUUUCUGAGCAAGCGAAGUCUCGGCCAGGCCAAUUGAUGCUGAAUAAGAUGAAGUCUGUUGGAAGUAAACCAGAAAUUUUGAGCGAACAAAGUAGCACUUAUGGUGAGAGCAACGAAAAAAGUGAUUCUAAUGACUGCGCAAUGGAGAAUCCAUGGUCCAAAAGGGAGGAGUUGUCAAAGGAAUGCUCGGUCAAGACACUUUUCCCACUUUCAUCAAACAAUGCAUCAACCAGUUACGAUCUAACUUCAUAUAAUCGUGGUAAUAGAAUGGAGAGUAAUAAGAAAGCAGACCAUAAUGAAAUCAGUGAAGCAACAAAAGAGCAACCAGAUGAUAUGGGCAUGCCUUAUAUUUCUGGAGCAGUUGAGGAGAGUUUGAACCAGAAAAAUUGCAGGAGCUUUGAUAUGUCACUUAUUUCUGGAAACCAUAGGGAAGAUCUGCCACGGUUACCUCCUGUACGUCUCAAGUCUAUUGACAAGUUGGUAAAUAUGGAUUGGGAGGCAAAGGGUGACACCCAUGGCUCUGGAAUGAAGCAGUCAAGUGCAGACAAUGCUUUACUGAUCGGGUCUUUUUUGGAUGUUCCCAUCGGCCAGGAUAUCAACUCUUCAGGUGGGAAGCGAACAGUUGGAAGUAGCUGGCUCUCUGUAAGUCGAGGAAUUGCGGAAGAUACUUCUGAUCUGGUAUCUGGUUUUGCUACUCUUGGUGAUGGCUUAGCAGACUAUCCAAAUGAGUACUGGGAUUCUGAUGAGUAUGAUGACGACGAUGAUGUUGGGUACAUGAGACAGCCUAUUGAAGAUGAAACCUGGUUCCUAGCUCAUGAGAUUGACUAUCCCAGCGACAACGAAAAGGGCACAGCUCAUGGGAGUGUCCCUGAACAGCAAGACCAAGUUCCAAGGAAGGAUGAAGACGAUGAUCAAUCUUUUGCUGAAGAGGAAUCAUACUUGUCAGGCGAGCAAUAUUUCCCAGGAAAGAACAUUCACCAAGUUGCUGCGUCAAAUGAAAAUGAUCUGAUAGCUCGCUAUGAUGGGCAAUUGUUGGAUGCUGAAGAGUUAAAUUUAAUGCGCAGUGAGCCUGUGUGGCAGGGUUUGGUUAACCAAAGCAAUGAAUUAUCCAUGAUCAGAAAUGGUAAAGUUGGGAAUGAUUGUGAACGGCCUCAGCACGAUGAUCUUGUCAUAGAGGAUGAUCAGCAUGGAUCUGUUAGGUCAGUUGGGGUUGGCAUAAACAGUGACACUGCUGAUUUUGGCAGUGAAAGACGAGAAAGUUUGGUUGGUGGAAGCAGUGAAGGAGACAUUGAAUACAUUCACGAGCAUGGUGUUGGCAUCAGUGGUAGCAGGGAUUUUGAACAUGACAUAACUUUGAACAAUUUUAAUAUAUCAAAAAGGGAUAAGAAGAAAACUAAACAAUUGCCAGAUAAAUAUCCCUUGGCUCCUGACAAGAAUAACGGUCUGCCAUCAACGAAUUAUAUCGAUGCUGGCUUUUCUUUUCCACCCCCUCGAAAUAAAGGAGGAAAAUCUGAAGCUUCUGUUGCUGAUGUAAACGAUGAUUGUAAGAAAGUUACCAGUGCAGAGGAUAUGCUCGCUACAUGGAGGCGACAAGGUAGUGGUCAUUCUCCUAUAAGAAGUUCAAGGGAUGAAAAGUUUUCUGAUACUAUUAGAUCAAGAAGCACAAGUGCAUCGUCAGACUCAAACUAUGCUUAUGCUGAAAGAGAAGGUUUCAAGAGAGACCAAGUUGGCGAACUAAAUGAUGUGAUAGAAACAGAUGCUGGGGCAACACUGGAAGAUGAAGAAGCUGCUGCACUGCAGGAGCAAGUUAGACAAAUUAAAGCUCAAGAGGAGGAAUUCGAAACCUUCAACCUUAAGAUUGUGCAUAGAAAAAACAGAACGGGGUUCGAGGAAGACAAGAAUUUCCACGUUGUUCUUAAUUCAGUGAUUGCUGGACGUUAUCAUGUCACUGAAUACCUAGGAUCAGCUGCGUUUAGCAAAGCUAUUCAGGCUCAUGACUUGCACACUGGCAUGGAUGUUUGUGUGAAAAUAAUAAAGAACAAUAAAGACUUUUUCGACCAGAGUCUUGAUGAAAUUAAGCUUCUAAAAUUCGUUAACAAGCAUGAUCCUGCAGACAAGUAUCAUCUUUUGCGCCUGUAUGACUACUUCUAUUAUCGGGAACAUUUGCUGAUAGUUUGUGAGCUGCUCAAGGCGAACUUAUAUGAAUUUCACAAAUUCAAUCGGGAAUCAGGGGGAGAAGUUUAUUUCACUAUGCCAAGGCUGCAGUCGAUUACUAUUCAGUGUUUGGAGGCACUUGAAUAUUUGCAUCGUCUUGGCCUAAUACAUUGUGAUUUGAAGCCUGAGAAUAUUUUGGUAAAAAGCUACAGUAGGUGUGAAGUAAAGGUUAUUGACCUUGGUAGUAGUUGCUUCCAAACAGAUCAUCUAUGUUCUUAUGUGCAAUCUCGAUCCUACCGUGCGCCUGAAGUUAUUUUAGGCCUGCCCUAUGAUAAAAAGAUAGAUAUAUGGUCACUUGGAUGCAUCUUGGCUGAACUUUGCACGGGAAACGUCCUCUUCCAAAAUGAUUCUCCUGCUACUCUACUUGCACGUGUGAUAGGGAUUAUAGGUCCCAUUGAUCAAGCCAUGCUUGCGAAGGGACGUGACACAUACAAAUAUUUUACGAAGAACCACAUGUUAUAUGAAAGGAAUCAGGAAACUAAUAGGCUAGAGUACUUGAUCCCUAAGAAGUCAUCACUACGUCAUCGAUUGCCUAUGGGAGACCAGGGUUUCAUUGACUUUGUUGCUCAUCUCCUCGAGGUAAACCCUAAAAAGCGUCCAUCUGCAUCAGAAGCAUUGAAGCACCCAUGGCUAUCCUAUCCGUAUGAGCCCAUAUCAUCUUGAGUUCCAGUGAAAAAAGAUACUCAUACUGGUAAAAAUACAUUACUCGCCUGCUUCAAUGGAACAUAAGGAGCCGUACAUUGGAGGUUCAGACCUUUAAGAUCGGCAUGGAUAAAUUCAGUCAACUCGGUCUGUUUGCUUGGAGGAAGAUCAGUUCACUGCUGUUUGUGUUGUAAUCUGAAUCGAGCGAUUUGUUGGUUGUAAGUCAAGAAUGUGAUUUGGUGUGGAUUAAUUCCUGGGAAGUGGAGGGGUGAUGUCUUGUGUAUAUGAUGUGAUAUAUCGUUUUGGCCCCACUAAUGGAAUGUUCUGGUGCCCAAAAUUGGCAUGCAUUGUACUUCGUAACGAUUCAAAAAUAUCCACACGUAGGGCAAGCUAUUACACGAUGCACUUUCAGAUCUUGCAGUUAUCAUGAGAUGUAACUUUCUAAGAAUUUUGAUGUUUUGUUUGUGCAAGUUCAAGUCCGAAAUAUAUUGAAAAAUAUCAGAAAUUCAGAUCAA